AUGAUUGACGAUCGCGCCGUGACUGCUAGCGGCAGCAAGGCCACGCUUGAUUGGGCCCUGCCACGAGCUGAUGGCUGCGCUCGCUACACGCUGCCUGUGUUUGCAGAGGACAGCAAGGAGGUCGAAGCCUCGAUAUAUCUGGCGGGAGUCCUCAUCCAAGAGCAGAUUUGGCAGCGAAGCGCCCAGUCGAUGAUGCUCUGCGGUCCAGCAAAGAUCUGCGAGGCAUUGAAGAAGGAGUUCUCCGUUGGCGGGACCUACGAGUUUGAGGUCAAGUCGAUGCCUAAUGUGUGCGGAACUCCAGAUAGUGCGUUCUCCGUGACGAUCGUCGCCAGCACAGCUGCGCUGCCGGCAGCAAAGGACACGCCACAGGUUUGCGGCAAAGAUGCCUCUGGUUGCAGACUGGCCUUCGACCUUGGCAAGAGUGACAUUAAGACCGUGGCUGUCAAAGACAACCAGGUGGUCUACUCGAAAGAGACAGAGUGGGAUGUUACAAACGCGGACCCCGACUAUCAUUACAAGGCGAUCGUCGACGCUUUGAAAUUGGCAAAGGAGAAGCUGCCGACCGUCCAAGCCAUAGGUGGCAGUGCCACAGGAACGGUUGGCGCCAACAACGAGGCCACCUGGUGUGACAUCUUCCCGAAUGUGCCACCACCCGUCUACAAGGCCAAGGUGGUGGACAUUUUCCAGCGCAUCUCAAAAGAGUUGGCUGGGAGCGUGCCCCUGAAGGUCAUCAACGAUGGCGAGGUGUGGGCGCUAGUGAAGGGUGUCUGCUUAAGGCAUGGGGUUUUCUAG